GUGCUGUCUGAGGAGGAGGAGGUGGAGAGGUGAAGAGGAUGACAAGUUAGUCUGCAUCAAAAAUUCAACUAUGUUUCUCACUUUUUGACUAAUUAGAGCCACAGUAGAGCUGGUUUAUAUCCAGAACACGUUUAGGCUCUCUUGUUUACAUGUCUUUUAUUAAUUAAAAAUUAAGAGUGAUUAAACCGGGAAGAUGUUCUGCUGCUUGGUAAAAUGGACACUUUGCCUUCUGGGGCUCGUGACGACGAGCACCGCCUCACCUGACGAUACACCGGUGGAUUUUGGAGGCGAGUCCGGUUCCGGGAUGCUGCAGACAGAUGAGUUGGACAUCCUGCAGGAGCUUUCUCUUCAGAUGUCCAACAGCAGUAACGCCUCCAUGACUAGGGAUGACAGCAGGUGCCCAGUCCUACAAGUGGGACAGUACUCCACCUUGGCUCUCCCUCUUCGAUAUCUCCUCGCAGACGGCUUUGCAGAUGAGUUCAGUUUACUGGUGCAGCUGCGGAGUUCUCAGAAAGUUGAAUGCAGUGUCUUCACCAUGCUCGGCCCCGACAACCACAUUAUGCUGCAGCUGCGGAUCAGUGCUUACGCCAUCAUCUUCAUAGGAACACAGCAGCGACACUAUGAGUUCCCAGUCAGCGGUCUCUCUGAUGGAAAGUGGCACCAUGUGGCCAUCAGUGUGUCUGCCAAACGGCUGGCGCUGUAUGUGGACUGCUCCCUGCUGGAGAGCGUGGAGUGGGUGUACCACGGCAUGGGGAUUAGCACUGACGGGCUGCUCAUGGUUGGAGGCAUCAUCGAGGGCUUUGAGACUCCAUUUGAAGGUCAUCUCCGACAGCUGACCUUCCUGAUGGACGACCCAGACGCCGCCCAGAAACACUGCAGCCACCACCCACCCCGCUGUGGUGAGAUCGCCCCCAAGUCUCCUCGCUCCUCACGCACUGACAAUGCCCUGGAGAAUUUACUGCUGUCCUCAAAUGACCUGGAGGACCUGCUGGGGGAUCCCAAGGACAAGACAUUUUUAAGCUUCAGCAGAACUAAUAUGUUCUUGGCCCGAGGGAGUUCUCGAGGGGACGGGACAGUGCCUUCAGGAUCCAAUCGUAAGGGUUCAGUAGGUCGUGGGGAUGUCUUUGUGGUAGACGAGGACACUGACUUGUUGGAUCCAGUCUUCCAAAAUGGUGGACAAGUCAACCCUCAGUGGAAACCUUCCAGAAAUGGACUUAAGGGAAGCCAGAAGGGAAAGCCUGACACGUCCUCUAAACAGUUUGAGGAGAACAUUACCACGGAUAAGAAGGUCAACUCUGGUGGGCGGACUUCGUCGCUGUUCCCCGGAAAACCAUCCGGUGACAUCAUUGACCUCGACAUCGCAGGUGUACCUAAGAAGCCCUCAGUGGAAUUUCAUGUACCUAAGAUCCCAUCAGUUCCCAGAACAUCCACAGACUCUGGGACAUCAGCAAAGACGGGAGUCCAGAAGCAACCAGACAAGGAGCGCCCUGCCACUGUGACCGUUGUAUCCAGAAAUGGAGACCUGGUCCUGGGUUCAGAUGGCAAAAUGUACCGGCUCCAAAGAGGACCACCGGGCCGAAUGGGUCCCCCAGGGCCAGAGGGCUGUCCUGGUGAGCCUGGCCUGCCUGGGUUUAAAGGUGAUAAGGGGAAGUUGGGCCCUGAAGGGCGUCCUGGAAAAAUGGGGCAUCCAGGACCUCCUGGACCUGCAGGUUUACCAACACUCUACCUGUGGAAGAACACAUUAGAGGAAUGGACUGCCUUUCAGCAAACCAGUUUCUACCAGUUACUCCGUGCUGGUUGGCCUAGUAAAGAAGGCCCUGCAGGACCACCUGGAGAGAUGGGCAAGCCUGGAAUGCAGGGACCACCCGGUGCCACUGGGGAGCGAGGACAACCAGGGAUGCCAGGAGAGAUGGGCGAGCGGGGUCUCAGGGGCCCUGUAGGACAAGCAGGGGCUCCAGGGAGAGAUGGGGAAGAUGGAGAAGAUGGUCAGCCCGGGCCACCUGGUGCUGCUGGAUCCCCGGGCCCGUGGGGAUACAGGGGAGAACGAGGGUCUAAAGGGGAGAAAGGUGACGAGGGUCUCGUUGGCUUCAAGGGUCCAAGAGGAGACAUUGGCGAACCUGGUGAGAAGGGCUCUACUGGUUUACCAGGCCCACCUGGUCCUGUUGGAUCACCAGGGCCUCAGGGGAUCCGAGGUGGAUAUGGGCCAGAGGGGCCCCGCGGGCCUGAUGGGGAGAGUGGACUGGAUGGCCCUCCAGGUCUGCCAGGGCCGACGGGUGCAGCAGGAAUAACAGGACGAGUUGGUGCUCAAGGAGUUAAUGGCUCAAGGGGGGACAUGGGACCUGCUGGCAGUGUUGGUCCCAAAGGCCCACAGGGGCCUCCGGGUUUGGAGGGACAGAUUGGACCUCCAGGACUCAGAGGAACUCAAGGGCAUCCAGGACUGAUCGGUGCUCCUGGACCUAAAGGAGAUCCUGGGCCUGUUGGGCCCAUGGGGGCUCGAGGGGAUCCCGGCUUCGAGGGGCCCAUGGGUGCUGUAGGGACACAGGGUCCUGUGGGUUUCCCCGGGGUUACGGGUAACAGGGGACCAGACGGGGACAAAGGGGAACCAGGACCAAAAGGCGACAAAGGUGUUCAGGGAGCAGCAGGUAUUAGGGGACCUCAGGGAGAGAGGGGCCCCAGCGGCUUACAGGGUUUCGCAGGCAUCAAGGGCCAGCCUGGCCCCAGAGGCACUGAGGGCACAAACGGAGAAACUGGUCCUCAGGGGAAACAGGGCAGCCGCGGGUUAAAGGGAAACAGGGGGCCAGAUGGACGUAACGGCAAACCAGGACCCAGAGGGAACAAGGGUCGGACUGGGCAGAGGGGCCCCACUGGCCAACCAGGUCCAUCGGGUUUGCCUGGGCCACCUGGACCAGAGGGAGCAGAAGGAAAGCCUGGUACACAGGGUCCCGCAGGAGCAGCUGGCAGUGCUGGCAGUAAAGGACUGACGGGUUUUCAAGGAAUUGCUGGAGAGAGGGGAGCAGAUGGCCCGCCAGGUUCUCCGGGGCCACUGGGGAAACCAGGACCUCCAGGAUCACCAGGACCCCCUGGAGAAAAGGGUUUCACAGGGAAGCCGGGUGUGGAGGGACCUCAGGGCCCAGUAGGCAUGUAUGGGAUCCAGGGGAACGUGGGCAUGCGUGGACCCCCAGGUUUCAUAGGAGAAAGGGGUGAGCCCGGUUUGCGAGGUUUACCUGGACCUGUUGGGAAGCCAGGACCUGCAGGUCUACCAGGUCCUGCUGGAGAAAGGGGACCCCGGGGACCUCCGGGUCGGCCUGGAGAUGAAGGAUCCAAAGGGAUACAGGGUCCACCAGGCCCUCCAGGUCUCCCAGGUAGUGAUGGCACAGCUGGAAAACCUGGACCCAGGGGAAGCCAAGGGCCCCCAGGACCUGAGGGGCCACAGGGGCCAGCAGGAAUCCCAGGCCCACAGGGUGCUGAUGGGUUAUUAGGAGCAGCAGGAGAAAAAGGACCCAAGGGUUUACCUGGCCUGCCUGGUGACGUUGGCCCCACAGGACAAGAUGGACAACAGGGUCUCCCUGGCCAAACAGGAAAUGAGGGCCCACCUGGACGUAAAGGAGACCAGGGGGACCAGGGGGCCUGUGGGAAACUUGGUCCUCCAGGGACCCAAGGAGACAGGGGACUUGAGGGCCCAAAAGGCUCACAGGGAUCACCUGGACCAGACGGUAAAGAGGGUGAUGUCGGGCAUCCUGGUGAGGCUGGAGAUCCUGGACCCCAAGGAGAGAAGGGUGAGGUGGGACCUCUAGGAUUGUCUGGUCGAGAAGGCCCCUGGGGAGACCUUGGAGAAAAUGGCGAAAGAGGUCCAAAGGGUGAGAAGGGCCACAUUGGACUGAUGGGUGAGCCGGGGCUGAUGGGUGAAUUGGGACCUGCAGGUCUGGCGGGGUUGAAGGGAGUCACAGGCCCUCGGGGACUCUCAGGGCCAGACGGACCUCAGGGCCAGAAGGGGGAGUCUGGGCCUGUAGGAAUUACUGGACCUCCAGGGUCACGAGGCCCUCAGGGAAUAACUGGUGCUCGUGGUGUCAGAGGAGACGCAGGGGGGCUGGGGCCGCCUGGUCCUGUUGGACCAGUUGGACCCCAGGGAGACCUGGGAGCUAAUGGGGACGGAGGGCCACAGGGAGAGAAGGGAGAGCCAGGAGCUCCAGGAGGACCAGGGGAACAGGGUGAGGAAGGUCUGCCAGGAAUCCAAGGUCCUCCAGCUCUGCCUGGGUUAGAGGGGCCUCCUGGAGAGAUAGGACCCCAGGGUCCCCCAGGUCCCGCAGGGGCUCCUGGAGUUCUGGGGAGACCAGGACCUGAGGGUAAACAGGGCAUGGUAGGGGAGAAGGGAGAUGAUGGCAAGAACGGACCACCAGGGAGGACGGGUCAUGUUGGAAGGAGGGGGAAACGGGGAAAGGCUGGAGUCAGAGGGUCCAGGGGAGACAGAGGACCUAAGGGCCAGAAGGGAGACACAGGACUGGUGGGCCUCCCUGGAUGGCCAGGGCUCAUCGGAAUCCCGGGCUUGCGUGGAGAGCCAGGAGAUCAAGCUGAAAAGGGGAAAGAGGGUGAGAAAGGAGACAUGGGACUACCUGGGCCGCCUGGAGCUGAUGGUAUGAAGGGUAUUCGUGGUGCUGUUGGGUUUCCUGGUCCAGUGGGCACAAAGGGCGAGCAGGGAAAUAUUGGUCUAUCAGGACCGAGGGGAACACCGGGGAUGCCAGGAAUGCCUGGUUUGUUUGGAUUAAAGGGUUUGAAAGGAUACCAAGGUUUCCCUGGUGUGCCCGGCAGGAGGGGGCUUCCAGGUCCACCAGGGGUCCCAGGACCCCCAGGACAGUCACUGAACAUGACGCUAACUCAACUCAAGGACCUGAUGUAUGUGUCCGAUAAGCCCAACUACCCUCUGAUCCAAACUCUGCUAGAUUCUCUGCAACAGGAGCUCCGGCUGCUGGUGGAUCCUCCUGACGGCAGCAAGGAGCAUCCUGCCACCACCUGUCUGGAGCUCUGGCUCUGUCACCCUGAAUACAGCAGCGGAAUGUAUUACAUUGACCCCAACCAGGGCAGCACAGCGGACGCUCUGCUGGCCUACUGCAGCUUCUCUCCCACAUCAAAACAGACCUGCCUUCAUCCUCAAGACUCUCAGUUUCCUAUGAAAGCCUGGAUGGAAGAAUUUUCGGAAGAAGGAUCUUUUGAGUGGCUUAGCAGGCUGGAGCAGGGCUUUCAGUUUUACUAUCCAGGUGCAAAUGUGGUCCAGAUGCGUUUUCUAAGGUUGCACAGCAGCACGGCCUUCCAGAACAUGACCUACUCCUGCCACCCAGGACACAGACUGGGGCAGACAGACAGAGAAGUCAAAUUCCUCACUGACACAAGGAAGCAAAGUUACCUCGGAGCACUGAAAGACUGUGUGCCUGGAGAGGAGACCGUUUCUGGAGCCCGGGAAUCUGUGUUUGAGUUUGAGGACCUCCAUCUGCUUCCUCUGAGAGACGUAGCAGUAAUGGGAGGCGGAAACUUCACACACCAGUUUGGCUUCACUGUGGGGCCUGUGUGUUUCAGCUAGAGGUGCGAGAAAGCAGUACCGUCCCAGAACACUCACAGAUCCAGGACACAAACCUCUGUUCAAAUCAUGGACGCCCAGAGGACAACAGGAGCAUCUCUUCCAGUUUCUGAAGAUGUCACUUCCUUUUCCUCUUGUUUUGGGGAAUUUGAUCUCUCGAGUUGAGUGACUCCAUAUUCAUGAAUUUGAGAGGACACAAGGCUUUUUUUUUUCACGGAGAAGUCAAUUUUGUUUACAGAGACGUUUAUCUUGUAUUGAAUAAUUUAAAAAUGUAUGUUUUUUUAUCCUUUUUAUAUACAAUGGUUUUUUCUCUGUUUGAUUUUUGUUAUGUAUUUUGGGCUUCUGUAAUAGCCUGCUCAUUGUGUAUAUAAAAGCCAGACUGUCCUUACUGACCUCUUAAAGCAAUAAUUCACCCACAAAAUGAUUAUUUCUAGAUCAGUUGCUCACCCUGUGUUAUGUUGAGUUUAUGAAGCAAACUUUACUUUUCUCACAUCCCUUCACAGAGAGCGAAAAAUCCAAAAAGAGAAAAUUCUUGAUGAAUUGACAGGGCUGUAUUUAACAAUAGCAAAACUAUGUCAAAACAUCUGUUUACAGACUGUCACACAACUCAUGCAGUAUAAUCCAAGUCUCAUUAAUCCAGUCAUAUGAUCAGUACUUCCCAAACACAUGCAUUUUUGCUAAAACCUUACUAUUUAAAACACCUAAACAUAUGAGUAGCACCUGUGUUAGCACGUCUGUGAGACUGUUUACAUGCUACUCCUGUCGAAGGGUUUUAAAUAGUAAGGUUAGGGAGAAAAUAUUUGGAAAGUACUCAGCGUGCUAGGGGCAUUUUUGCCUUUAUAGAUAGGACAGUUGAGCGUGAAGGGGGGAAAGAGAGAGGGGUAUGGACAUGCAGCAAGGGGCCACAGGCUGGAGUCGAAUCCGGGCCGCUGCGGCAACAGCCUUGUACAUGGGGCGCCCAAACAGUGUUUUGUUUUAUCUCCAUGGUAUAUGAGUUAGUCCCAACUGUGUGCAUACGGCAUGCAACAGUACAUACUUUUUAAUGCCAGCUGCAGUACUAACUAAAAGUAAAAAGAAAGUAUGCGAUUCGGAACACACCCUUAAAGUACAAAAAAACAACAGCACGGUCCCCUUUUACUCCAAUUGAUCAAAAAUUUUCUCUGUUUUUGGAUUCUCCGUUCACUGUGGAGGCAUGUGAGAAAACCAAAGUUGUCUUUAAGAACUCACUGUAACUCUGGCUGAGUAUUUGAUAUACAUAUGAUCAUAUUGUGUGUGAAGUAUUCCUCUAACAAUGUGUUCUGCAUGGGGACACAGCUACUGUGGUCCCAUUGGCCAUGUGUGACCAGGCCAGUAAACCUUCUCACUGUAAGUUUAGUACUGUAAGUGACCUCAGAUGUGUCACUUUUCUCAAGGUGCUGGUCAAGUUUUAUUUUAAAGACCCAAAACAGUAGAGGGGGACAGUCAUAUUGUGUUGUGUGUACUUGAUGUCAACAGCAAGACCAAAUUUCCUCAGUUUGUUAGAAUACAAAACCUUUUUUAUUGUUUUUUACAGUUUCAUGUAAUUGUAUGUUUUUGGGUUUUUUACGUCUCAGGUAUGAUGCAUUGAUAAUAUACACAUGGGCACUGAUGCUGCUGUUGCCACGGUAUGUUGGUCAGUUCUGUAGUUUAGCAUUAAAGCAAGACUUUGUAGAGUGUUUAAGGGUAAAUCCAUGAAGACAUCAAAACCAACAUUGACAACAACUGUGUAUUAAUCCACAACUGAAAAUAGUCCGCAACGAAUAGAGUAUUUACUCCUGUUUGAGAAACGUUGGCUCAGUAUAAUAGUGCCCAGCUGUUUUAGGAAGGGACGGACUAAAGUAUUGUUGGUUUUGCUCUUUUCAUUCGAUUUAUUGACGAUAAGAAAAUGACAAGAACGCCAGCCUUAUCCUUUCAAACUCCUGCACACUGUUGUCAAAAAGUGUUUCAGUCGUAUAUCUUUAUUAGGCUUCAGAACAAAAAUUGGCUUCAUAAAGACAAUGGCUGACUGAAAAAUGAGGUGAAACAAAAUGGUGAUUCAGUCUGAUUAUAAGGCAACUAUUUUCCCUCGUUCAUGACAAAAACAUUGCCGCUGCUUUAAUACACUUUGUGCUGACAGUGUUUGAGAGUUUACCGCAUUGUCAUGAGAUUUCUUUCUGCUACAUUAGACUUAUUACUUUUUUAGCAAUAGAAAUGUCGAGUGUUUAAAGAUAUUCUCUCUCUUUCUAUCAAUCUCACGCAAACCAAAGACUGAAGCAGCCCGAGCUUUCAUAUCCACCUAUUCUCUCUCACAGCAAUACUGUAUUUCUUUCGCUGUACUGUAAAGAUCAUGCAUAAGUUCGGCUGUAAAGCGCAAGAGUAGUACCCAGGCCCUGCAGAGCUUCUGUUGGAGGAAAAAAAAGUGCCUAUUACCAGCCAGUUAACAUUGAGUAAUUGCUGUCUACCUGAAUUUCUGCUUCACUCAAUCUGAGAAGUGCUUGGGUCCAGGGAAAAGAAGUAAGCCUUGUACCUUCUCAGCUGAAUCAGGAUUUGGUGUUUAUGUCCCAGAGUCGGUCAGCAGGGAGUGAUGAGCGGUGCCGUGUGCGGUCUGCAGGGAGGAGAGGAUUCAUUCGAGUGAGAUCUCAGGGAGUUUGUGCGAAGAGCGUAGCGUAGCGGCUCAGACAAAACAGCAGCUCUGCAGCUGGAAAACACCAAAUCUUAAUUUUCUUGUUUAUACCAAACUCUCAGCUGUGGAGAAUCUGAGGGCCUGGGAGUGUUUCACAGGGCUAUAGCGGGCCACUGCUAUUUAACAGGAAAGAAAUGGACUUGAAGGGAUACUUCACCCACAAAAUGAUCAUUUUGUAUUUAUUGAAUUUGUAGAAAAAAAACCUGCAUGCCUCCAUAGUAAAAGGAGAAUCAAAAAUUUAGAAAUUUCCCAUAAAAUUGUUGUUGUGACACAAGUUAUUUUGUGGGUAAAGUAUUUCUUCAGUCCUAAUCUCAACCACAUGAACUGGAUAAACGUUUAAGCAUUUCAGCCACGGGUUUGCAAUUCUGGCCUGGUGUUGUUUUGUUUUGUUUUGUUUUUUGUUUUUUAUAUAUCUAGAUUUGUCAUAUCAUCAUUCCAUAUGAUUGCCUUAGCUGGCUGAGACUGAUCAUUGUUACUUUACUUGUUUUGUACAAAUUAUCAUUUUUUGGAAAUAUGAAAUGACAUGCUGGACAUCUGUCUUGUGUGAUCCUCCCUGUCAGCUCAUUCAGAGUAUUGCGUCAGCUGAAUUAAAAAAAUAC